AUGGCGUCAUACCCGACGGCGGCAAAGGCUUGGGCAAACGCAGUGGGGUCUGCCGCCCUGGAAGACUCCCAGGAAAGCUCAGGCUCGACUCACAUGCUUUCACUCCUGGGCGACACGCAGACGUCAACUGCCUCAACGCAGAUGCCGCCUCGUCUUGGAGAGUUUCAUGAUCAUGCUACAAAAGCAUCCCAUGGUAGUCUCCUGGACCGUUCACAGUUCGAGAAGCCCGAAGACCUUACCGCGGAAGGUUUCACGUUCAAGCCAAACCAACUGCACCAGUCUGGUCUGUCAAACAAGGCCCUUCAAGACCCAAGGGGUAAGAUUAUUGACACACAGAUAUCAAUGGAAGAUCCUAGGUCCUCAAUGGUGACUGAGGCAGACAAGCAAGCUGGUCAUUCUCCUGCAGCGUACCAGGAAAGACGGGCCAGUUCCCUUCAGCUUGUGGGAGUGGAGCAACACACUUCUGCAAUGGAGCAUGGUGUCUCUUAUUCAAAGCGAGAUUCUGGUUCGAAUCACUCAUUCAGCACAGUUGAAGAAUCGGAUGCAGACCAAGACUCUGUCCGAGGUCAAGGCCAACCUGCUAGUAGCGAUCGGGACUCUCACUUAGGGGAGCAUGGCAGCCAAGUUCGACAAGAGACUAACAAAGGACAAAAUGCUGCUGAUCGCCUAUUGAAAGGCCAGAGAUUGGAUGUGGAACGUCCACACAUACUGGAUCCCAGCACCCAACCGUCCCAGGACCGUACGCCUCAAGAUGAUUAUUCACAUGCACCUUUUCCACCAGAGGACAUGGCUACUGAUCAGGAAGAACAACAGCCUCCUCCCUUGAACAAGAGGUCUCUGACUGUAGUACGAGACAGAAUACCAGCCUACCACGGACCAUUGGAGGGACCAGCACUCAAGAGCUCCGCAGAGCAGUCUCCUGUGCAAACACCUGUUGGUGGAAUUAGGCACCAUCGUCGACACAAACAGGAAAGGUCUUCAAAGGGCAUUGAGGUCUUCAUGGAACCUGAGACCACACAUCACAUCCACCCAAGUGAUGAUAAAACAACUCCUGCGAGAAGACCAAGAGAGAGCUCUGUGAUGUCCGAUCUGUCAUUCAAGCCACCAAUGACAACUCGCCAGCGCCGGCAGAUCAAGCCCUCAAAGACCAGUAGUAGGGGUAUGGCAAAUCGUCCCCUAGCCGUUCCAACAUCGAGCCAGCUAUCGAUGAGACCCAUCUCGCGAGGUUCGAACUUAUCAAACAUCUCGAGGCGCCGAACGACUCCUUCAUCCCGAAAGUCAGAGCCCCUGACUCCUCUCAAGGAGGCUUACAUCGAGCUUGGCGAAUAUAGGGAGCAAUUUGCCGGAUGUUGGAAUGGCUACUUCUUCGCGGAACAAAAGUACAAGCAACGAGUGAUUGAUAAGAUGGCCAGGCUAGAGGACACGGUCCAGGCAUAUGAAGAUCAGCUUGAACAGCUGGAAAACGAGCGUCGUGCUCAAAAUCAAAUUGCGGAACAGCUACAGAAUGCAAAUCAAGACCUCACCCAUCAGCUCAAGGCCAGUGAAGGAACAUUGACAGCACAAGCCACCAAUAUUGAGCGUUUGAUCAAGAAGUGCGAUAAGUACAGAGGCCGUCUCAAUGAUGCUACCAAGGAGCAGCAGAAACUCUACACAAAGUCCAAGGAGCAUGUCAAUGAGACCAUUGAGCGCCUCAAAGCUGAGCAACAAGAACUCGAGAAGUCAAGACAGGCAUCACUGGAUGCGACCGUUAAAAAAUCCGAGGCUGCUCGAGAUGACCUUCAGAGAAAGGUUAGAGAUGUUGUGAACCUUGCACGUCAGCAGGCUCUAGAGUUGGAUGGCACAAUCAAGGUCCUCAAAGCUGAUCUCGAGUCGAGCCAGCAGCAGUUGUCUCGGGAGCGUGACCACACACAGAGUCUUCAGAAAGAACUGCAGGGGUCUCGCGAUAGCAAUGCUCACAUAAUCAUGAAUUUGAGAGACCAGAAUAGUAAGAUACUUGAGGCGCUGGAGCAUCAGAAGAUUCGCGACCAAGAGGCGCAGUCGACUGCUUCUAGACGACUUUUGAAGCUGGACUCCAUUGGAGCUGUCAUUGAUGAGCUUAAGUCAAAGGCUACCGACCCUUCAAGUGUCACUCAGGAGAUACAGUCGCUUCGACAGCAUGUGUCACGAGAUAUAAUAACAGAGAUUCAGCACUUGGCCUCGAAAAUAGCAACUGCGGGUGACAGCGGCCAGGCUCAUGAUGCAACUCUGAACGAGAUCAAAACAAUAUGCGAAUCAAUCAGCGAACAUAGUCACCACCAUGGCCAGGAGGCCCAACGGUGGCAGGAGUUGCACAAGCAAGCAGAGACUAAGCUGCAGGAUCUUAAGUCGAAAAUGAGAGACACUCAGGAGAAGCUGGAGGAAGCCACGGAAUUCAAUGGUCGGUUCAACGAAGAGAAUAUUGAUCUGAAAGAUAGCAUAGCCUCGCAGCAGGAGCACAUCAAUGAGCUCCAAGCCGAGCUCAAUGUACAUGAGGCACGCGGAGAUUCGGAGGCAGCUGAAGUGGCUAGGCUCAAACAGCUACUCAAGGAAAAUGAUUCAGCUUUCAAGAGGCUGGAGGAAGAGGCGCGACAGAGCAAGGAGCAGCUGCAGGUCCAGAGCGGCUCCUUGGAGGAGGCCGAGAAGGCUCGUCAGGACUUGCAGCAGACCAUUGACACUGCAGCUGAGAAACAGAACACCGCCAUUCAAAAUGCAACACAGCAGUUUGAGCAAAAGCAUCGCGACAUCGAAAGCCGCUUUGAAGCUUCCGAGAAGUCUCGGGCGAAGCUGGAGCAGGAACUGCAGAAGGCAAAGGAGAGAGCACAACGGCUAUCAUCGACGAGGUCAGAUGACAUCCCCAGGCUGAUGCGAGAAGAGAUCAACCGUGUCAACGAGCUCGUUAGCCAUUUCAAGGCUAUGAAGGAGGAUAUACAAGGUCUCGAACCAAUUUCGCAUCUGCAUGAUGGCCUCAUCAAUAUGCACACAGUGUGCAAGAGCCUCGAGAAAGACUUUAGCAAUGCCGCGCAAGUGAAGGAGAAAAUAGUGGAGCUCAUAGGCGUAGAGCAGAAGCAGCUUGAGGUAUUGAAGACGCAAGCUUCAAGCCAGCAGACCAAGGAUGAUAACGUCACCCUACCAGAGAAACGCACCUCGUUUCGGUCCAAACGAGUUGCCUUUGAGGAGACCUCCACAGCAGCUCCAUUGGACACGGUAGAGAACCAAAGUAGCCGUAAAGGUACCAAACAGCCUCUCAAAUCGUGUAUCAGAACGACGCGUAGCACGUCGAAAGAGCCUGAAGCCGCAGCACAGCACGUCUCAAUGAACAGUACAGUGGCCCCAUCUACGCAGCAGCGGCCAGUCGUCUCGAGUCACAGCAGCUUCAACCGACCUGUUCAAGGAGGUCAUCUUGCGAACGCAAGCAUUGAGAGCAGGAAGCGGGCCGCUACGGAGCUAGAAACCGAAGUUCCGAAGUCUGAUGGCAAGCGUCAGAGACUGCCUUUUGCACCCCAAGCAAUGGACACAGUACUUCCAGGUUCUGGCCGAAGCGGCUCAUCCCGAUCUCGCUCACAGUCCAAGUCAGAUUACUUUCAGAUUCGCAACAGCGUAGCCAGUCACCGCGAAACAGAACUCGAUGAGGGAGACAUGGCCAUGCCCACAAUAAGCGAUGCCAAAGGAGCAGCUACACGUGGUCCGCUGGCAACACGGUCAGGUGGUAUCAUCACUUACGGAACGCAGUCAAGAACAGGAUCGCAGAGCUCUGCGGCUUCCAGUCAAACUUUGAGGGGAGCCAGUCAAACGCCAAUGGCUUCAGAUACCUCCAUGCCCUUGAGCGGUAGUCAGGAGCAUAAGUUGCCAUACAAGCUUCGACGUGAGCAGUAA